GUGAUGGGGGCAUAGGAGUGACAUCAAUCUCAGUAACAUCAAUUGCUUCCAGUACUACACCACCGAAACGAAAAGACUCCACAUCGAGUAAUUCAGUGUGUCAAGUGUGUGGAGACAAGUCGUCAGGUUUUCAUUACGGCGUACUUGCAUGUGAAGGGUGUAAGGGUUUUUUCCGUCGUAGCAGUAAAAGUGGUAAAGAAUAUACAUGUCGUCAUGGAAAUGGUCAGUGUAUGAUCGGCAGAGUUAAUCGUAACCGAUGUCAGUUUUGUCGCUACAAGAAAUGUUUAGAAGUUGGCAUGUCCAGAGAAGCUGUCCGGGUCGGGAGGAUGCCAGCUUCACGACCAAAUAGACCUAGACCCAAAGUUGAGAAACAGUCAAGUCUUGGUGAUGCAUCCGAUUCUGAAAGUAGUGAAGGUAGUAAAACAGAUUCACAGAAGACUAUCAACGGACAAGAAAAAACACCUGAGGAGGUUGCCGAGCAACUAUUAAAAGCAAAACAGGCGGAGAUGUAUGAAUUAGUUAGUGUGGUGUCAUACGCGUAUCAAGUUACCUGUCUUUAUAACAGUAAAAAUGCACCAAGUCUCAGGGAUUCAUUAAUUAAUGAUGCCACAUCACCUACCUCAAAUAGCAACGAGUUAAUGCCAAUCAGUUCAACAGACUCGUCAAGUCUCACCUCACCUCUAACUUCCAAUCCCACAACGACAGACCAAAAUUGGAUAAAACUAGCAGAACUGAUGACAUCAGCAAUAAGGGGCCAAGUAGAGUUUGCCAAGGCUGUGCCUGGUUACCGUAAUUUAUCUCAGGAAGACCAACUCAUCCUCCUUAAAGGAAGUUUCUUUGAAAUUUGGCUGCUUAGAAUGGUAGCAUUCUAUCAGUCGGAUAAAGCGAUAGACUCUCUUGAAAACGGAAAUGCUUCCGUUUGGAACCAGUUGACAGGAAUGUUGGACCAGGAAUUGAACGUUCCCUUAUCACAGUUUGUAGAUUCAUUCAGUCAAUUGCCAAUGGUAGAAACGGAAACGGCAUUGUUUGCUGGACUGGUACUCACAAGUAAAGAUCGUUUAGGAUUAGUGAACAUCGCCACUGUGGAGCGAAUGCAAGCAAAGUUUGCAGAAGCUUUGAAAGUCCAGCUAGAAGGAAAUCAUCCACAAGAAGCCAGUACACUGUUUAACAUUCUUCUUAGCAAAGUGCAAGAGUUGCAUGCAUUAACUGGUAAACAUAAAGAGUAUGUUCAACGUAAUCAUUUGUUAUGGCCAUGUGCUCAACUACCAGCAUUGUAUGCAGAAAUGAUGGACUUGGCCAUAAACAGUGAAGGUUAAAACAUUCACAAAUGAACUGAUGUUAUCUCUCAUUUUUAUGCUUACAACCCCCUACCUCAAUGUGGCAUAGUCUCAUGAAUGACACACUUUCAAUGUGUUAAAGCCAAACCAUUGUAUGGAGAGGGGUGGUGAAGAUGUAUGGGUCCACAAAAACUAACCUCACCGGCGGUUAACUCACUGGCGUGUUGCAUUGUGGUAUUUUCACAUGGACCUGACUCGCAAAACAAUACUGCAUUUUAGUUGACCCCCACUUCUUAAGUUUUUUUUUUUUUUUGCUUGCCAUACUUACUCUUGUAUGCAUGUUGAUUUUGGUUUUUAUUUAAUAUGGAAUAAUUAUCAAAGAUACUUUCAAAAUUGGAAGUACAUCAUGUCAUGAACCAUUUUAAAAAAAUAUAUAUAUAUAAAUAUUAGGGUGUGUCUGUUUUGUAUUAUACCCAUAUGCAUUGUGGGAUUGAAAUGUAUUAUGGGAUAUAACCUAGAAAGCUGCCAUGACCCUGCAGCAUUUAAUAAAAGUGCCUUUCAGUCCUGAUUAAAACCUAGAGAUAUACAACUGCCAUAAUGCUCUGUUACUGGCAGUUGUACACUGCCACCACCAACACCUACCCACACUCACCCAUGUUCAAAUAAUGUCAUCAUAUGCUAACUUGCUCAUCUCCUGUACUUUGCAUAUAUGUACAAGGUUGAUUUGUGUCAGCUGUCACCUUUGAAUCCUUGACUAUUGCAACAUGUGUGUCCAGGAACUGGAAACAAUUAGCAGAUUUGAAACACUAGACUAGUUUUGAGGUCUCUAAUUGCUUAUUGAAAUAAGCUUUGUGUCAUGUUAGGAGGUGAUUUCAUGGCCAGUUGUCAUGUUUGUUAAUGCCAUGUUUGUUUUCAGUUACCCUGACUGUUACCCAUCUAAAAU